UAUUUACUUCAUAGAAGUCCGUUGGUUCCUCUCUGCUCGCAGUUCGCCGGUGCUGCGGUGGAUGGGCGGUAAGCGAUGCGGGUAAGGGAGGAGGAAAGGCUCUUCUUAGCCGCAGUAGCUGGCCCAGGCAAGAAUCGCCCAUGUCCACCCUCCGGCCGGGCUCCUCCUCGAUCACCAACUCGGGCUCUUGGGCACGACGAUGGCGAUGGGCUCCUCAGCGGUCCCCUGGCGACCCGUGUUGGUGGCGCCUGCCGUGUCCGCGUUAGCUCGUCUAAGUGCCUGGGAGCUGAGACCACAUCAAAGCGUUGGGCAUGGAAGGGAGAAGGGAAUGACAUCUCGGCGAACUCAUGGCUGACCCCCAUCUGCUUUGAUAUGAUUGAAGAAGCUUACAUGACAAAAUGUGGACACAGUUUCUGUUACAAAAGUAUUCAUCAAAGCCUGGAAGAUAACAAGAGAUGUCCCAAAUGUAAUUAUGUUGUGGAUAACAUUGAUCAUUUAUAUCCUAACUUUUUAGUGAAUGAGCUCAUCCUUAAACAGAAGCAAAGAUUUGAAGCAAAGAGAUUCAAAUUGGACCAUUCAGUGAGUAGCACCAUAUGUCCCAAUCUUCUUUCUUUCAUUUGCUUAUUUGGGGGGGUUAAGGGAUGGAGAACAUGUAUUCCUAUGUUCUAAGCAUUUGAGAAUAUCUGUCUGUUUAGCACACAGCUCAAUUAAUCUGUGUAAGCGGAGUGUUAUUUGGGAUUUUCAUUAUACAGUCUAACUUUACUCUUUAAUAUAAUAAUGGUUUUGAUAGAUUUGUGAAUAUAGAUCAGGGUGGAUAAAAAUUGAUGAUUUUUUUUAAAAAGUCAAAAAAAUGAUUUUUUAUUUAAAUUGGAUUUUUUAAAAUUUUUAUCAAAUUUAUUUUAAUAAAAUGGUUUUGGAGCAACAAUCUACCUAAA